CAAGAAACCAUGUCAUCAGUGUUUCUGCAGAUUAACCACUAGCCACAAAGCUCAGCCAGAGUGGUUCGUUUUGCAGCACCCAAUAGCGAGUUUGCUUAUGCUCAUCAGACCCUUCGGCUUGGUCCAUCCUUGUAAAGCAAGGAUGCAUAUUCCGUACCUGGUACCGCCGACAGAUGGAAAUGCUCCAUGGGUCUCAUGGUGAAGUUUCCAACGAAGUCUAGGGCCAUCUGGAGGCCUAUAUAACGCGCCUGCUACGCUGGCACGGAUCCAGAGGUCGUGGACGUUGUUUGCUUCGCUGGUCCUAGGUCCAUUUGUCUCGUUCUCGACUUGCUGGUAAGUUGUCUUCAAGAUGAAGUCAUCGUCUGUUAUCAAGGCGGCUUCGCUGCUGUCCUCUCUUUUCUCUCCCAUCGCUCUUGCGCAAAACAAAUUCACCCAUGCUGGAACCGGCAUUGAGUUCUUGCGACAAGUAGUCAGCGAAGACCAGACAGCUGGUGGCUAUGAGUGGGGCUAUGCACUCCCUGGACAGCCCACUGGAAGCAACGACGAGUACAUCGGAUAUAUUAAAGGUUCGCUGGAAGCAGGCAGGCAGGGAUGGUCCGGCGUCAGCCACGGAGGUGGCAUGCCUAACUCUCUCCUCCUCGUGACAUGGCCAGAGGCUGAUGCUGUCAAGACGAAAUUUGUCUACGCUGGUGGCUACACCGCUCCAGAAGACUAUACUGGGAAUGCCACCCUGAGCCAAAUCUCACACUCUAUUAACGACACCCACUUCGAGCUCGUGUAUCGAUGCCAGUGGUGUUGGAUAUGGAACCACAAGGGUGCAGAAGGCUCUCAAGUCCCAACUUCCGAAGUGCAGGUCAUCGGCUGGGCCCAGCAUAACAAGAUCUUUUCAGGUACCUGGGUAUUCCACAACAAGGGUCAAUCUCAAUUUGGUGCGCCAGUAGCAGAUGCACGGAACGCAAAGUACUCCGACUGGGUUAAACUAGUACCAGGCGGGCCCCCUACCACUCCUACUGCUACGCCAUCCGGCGGCGUUACUCCUACACCCACGCCAACUGGUCCCGUAGCUUGCGCUGGCAAGCCCGCACCUACUGGAUCAUACGACUACAUUGUUGUUGGCGGAGGCGCAGGUGGCAUCCCUGUAGCCGACAAGCUCUCUGAGUCUGGCAAGAGUGUGCUCCUCCUCGAGAAGGGCCCUCCAUCAUUGGCUAGAUUUGGCGGAACUAUGGGCCCGGCUUGGGUCACCAGCAACAACUUGACUCGCUUUGACGUUCCAGGUCUUUGCAACGAGAUUUGGGUCAACUCUGCCGGGGUUGCUUGCACUGACAUCGACCAAAUGGCUGGAUGUGUUCUUGGUGGAGGCGCUGCCGUCAAUGCUGCACUUUGGUGGAAACCUGUCGACGUUGACUUUGACUACAACUUCCCCAGCGGUUGGAAGUCAUCCGAUGUCAAGGGUGCAAUUGAUCGCGUCUUUAAACGCAUCCCCGGCACGGACACCCCUUCGAUGGAUGGCAAGCGCUACAAGCAAGAAGGCUUUGACGUUCUGUCCGGCGCGCUUGGUGCAGACGGCUGGAAGUCGGUAGUAGCAAACAACCAACAGAACGAGAAGAACCGAACGUACUCCCACUCUCCAUUCAUGUACGAUAACGGUCAGAGGCAGGGCCCCCUAGGCACCUAUAUGGUCUCUGCUCUCGGAAGGAAAAACUUCGCACUCUGGACGAACACUAUGGCCCGACGUGUUGUCCGCACAGGGGGGAAGGCUACUGGCGUUGAGCUUGAAAGUGGUGUAGAAGGCACCGGAUACUGUGGUACAGUGAACCUGAACCCUGGCGGCCGUGUUAUCCUGUCUGGAGGUGCCUUUGGAUCAUCUAAAGUGCUCUUCCGCAGUGGCAUCGGACCAAAGGACCAGCUCACAAUCGUCAAAAACAGCGCUCAGGAUGGCCCAAGCUUCAUCAAUGAGUCUGACUGGAUCAACCUUCCUGUCGGUCAGAACCUGAAUGAUCACGUCAACACCGAUCUCGUCAUCAAGCACCCCAACAUCUCCUUCUACGACUUCUACGAGGCCUGGGAUACUCCCAACGAGGCCGACAAGCAGGCAUAUCUCAGCAAGCGCUCUGGUAUCCUAGCCCAAUCCGCUCCAAACAUUGGCCCUCUCGCCUGGGAGGUCAUCAAGGGCUCAGACGGCAUCGAUCGAUCGCUUCAAUGGACUGCUCGCGUUGAAGGCCCAGGUGCUAACGACACUCACCAUCUCACAAUCAGCCAGUACCUCGGUCACGGAUCCACUUCGAGAGGUGCUCUUUCUAUCAACGGUGCUCUCGGCAUCUACGUCAGCAAAGCGCCUUACCUCCAGAACCAAGCAGAUACUGAUGUAGUUAUUGCUGGCAUCAAGAGCAUGAUGAAGGCUAUACAAAAGAACCCGGCCAUCCAGUUUCAAGUCCCGCCCGCCAACACUACCGUGGAGCAGUACGUCGCCAGUCUUCCAAAGACCCCAGCCGCACGUCGUGCCAAUCACUGGAUCGGCACAGCGAAGAUUGGAACCGAUAGCGGUCUUAACGGUGGAUCUGCGGUCGUCGACCUGAACACGAAAGUAUAUGGCACAGACAACAUCCACGUUGUCGAUGCCUCCAUCUUCCCUGGCCAUAUCUUCACCAACCCAACAUCCUACAUUGUCGUUCUGGCCGAACACGCCGCAGCCAAGAUCCUCGCUCUCGGCGGCUCGGGCAGUGGAGGAGGAACCAAAUCGUCGUCGGCUACGAGCAAGCCAACACCUUCGAAGGUAACUAAAAGCUCGGUGAAGCCAUCACCAACUCCCGUGAAACCUUCCUCUGUUAAAUCAUCUGCUCGACCAACGCCCGUCAAGUCGUCAGUCAAGCCUGCCCCUCCUAAACCGACCAAGACUUAGGUCUUAUGAGCAACGAUCGUUUCAGAAAAUGUACUAGGCAGGCGGUUUGGGGCUGGGGAUGUUGUAAAAAAGGAUACACCCACCAAGAGGUUUCUUCUGUAUAUACUUUACUUAGUGCAUAUCUUAUCACUCGUU